AUGGCAAACCACUUACCUGUCACCUACCGCGCACUGCAGGUCGAUAGUGUCGAUACGGGCCUCCAGAUCGUUGAGAAGCCCAUGCUCAAGGCCGACCCAGGAAGUGCCAUCGUUCGCAUCGAAGCCGCCAAGAUUCUCUCCUACCACCUCGAAGUGUACAACGGCGAACGUCCCUAUUCAUUUCCAACACCCAUAGUUGGUGGCGGCAGUGCUAUCGGUCGGAUUGCUGCCGUUGGGCCUGACGCCACGGCUUUGACCGAGGGUCAACUUGUCUAUGUUGAUUGCGUAGUCCACGCGCGAGAUGAUCCAGACGCGUUCUUCUUAUCUGCAGUUCACGACGGCGGAGCACCAGGCAGCAAAAAGCUAAUGCAACAUGUCUGGUGCGACGGCGCAUUUGCCGAAUAUGCAAAGUUCCCGCUCGAGAACUGCAUUGUUCUAAACGAGACAGUCUUGUGCAAGGAACUGGGUUACCCAAUCGAAGAUCUCAUGUACAUUGGCUACCUGAUGGUUCCCUUUGGCGGACUGCGAGACAUCAGACUCGAGCCUGGAGAGACCAUUGCCGUGUGUCCUGCCACAGGCGGAUACGGCGGUGCAGGCGUGCAAGUCGCGAUUGCCAUGGGCGCGACAGUCAUCGCCAUGGGCCGCAACGAAGAAGAACUUGCAAGACUGAAACAGCACGUGCUCAAGGGCACUCCAGGCGCUUCCAUCGAGACCGUGAGAAUCAACGGAGACCAGGCUGCAGAUCUAAAGUCCCUCCAGAGCUUUGGUAUCAUCGAUGCUGUGCUAGAUCUCACGCCGCCGCAAGCAUCCACGUCGACGUAUCUUAGAGCUGCGACGAGUGCGCUUCGCCGGAACGGACGGGUCAGUCUAAUGGGCUUUGUGGAACGGCCGGUCGUUCCGGGGCUUUGCGUUUGGCGCAACAUUACGCUGAAAGGGAAGAUGAUGUACGAACGGGGUGAUCUUGUUCAAAUGGUUAAAAUGCUUGAGCGAGGGUUGUUUUCGAGGACGGGGACAUUUGUCGAGACUAAAAGCUUUGGGCUGGACGAUUGGGAGACGGCUUUUGAUUGGGCGAGUAAGCACACUGGGAUUGGGAGGCAGGUUGUUCUGAAGCCUGGUGUCAAGCCUUGA